GGGGGGUUGGGUUCCUCACUUCAUAUCCAACACAGGAUUCCCAUCUUACUAAAUGCCCAAAAUUCGGAUGCUCUAGUUCUAUAAUUCUUUGAGUGCCAUGAGGUACUACAUCUCUUUCUUGAUUCUCUUCACAAAACUUGUACCUUUUCCAUCACCUGAACCCAUCACCACCGCAGAAUUUGGAAUUCAGGGCUGGCUGAUUUUCUAUUUUAUCUCUAGCUCUUCUUUACAGUUUCUUUGCUAUCGAAUGAUCCUUCACAAUAUUUUUUUUUUAAAAAAAAAGUACAAAAGAACUUCUUUUUUUAAUUCCCGCAUUCUUCAAACGUUAAAGCUCUGCAGCUGCUAGUUGCACGCAAUUACUUCUUGGGACAUUCGCCACCAAGUUUGGUUUAAUUAUUUUGAGUUGUCUAUGAACUAUUUUAUCCCAUGUGAGAUCUCAAAUUCGUGUUCUUUUUUGAAGGAAAUAGUGUAACUAAAGCUACACUUACAAGUCCAACCAUUAGAAUUUCGUAGUCAAUCAUUGCUGUUUCAUGCAUGUUAAGCUACUAACCUUUCACUAUAUCAUAUAUCAUUCUGAUUCAGAUCAGUGAGUGCAUGUGUAUAUACUUUUUCGUGCAUGAACGUGUGUAUGUGUUUUGACAUUCAUACGGCGUGCAGGAGAUGGCUUUAUCAGCAACGAAUGCUGCGACAAACGUUUCUGUUGGGAAUGACGACGAUGCAACACAUUUAGCAUCAUCGACCAAAGAUAAGUUCCCAAUGCUUUCUCCAGAUAACCUGAGUUAUGGUUGUAGUGUUUGUAUCUAUAGAGUACCUGAAAAAUAUUGUAAUAAGAAUCCAGAGGCUUUUACACCUCGAUUAGUCUCCAUAGGUUUCGUUCAUCGUGGUGAACACCAAUUACAAGCCAUGGAAGACUACAAAUUGAAAUACCUCAAUUAUUUCUUACAAGUUAAUGCUCCUGUGUCUUUAGAGGAGUUUGCUAAGUUUGUUCGUAGUGUGGAGAAGCUUGUUUGUGGUUGUUACAAAGAUAUAUAUCUCAUUAUCUUUCAUGGUUAAAACUAUCUGAAGUGAUUUUGUUAGAUGGGAUUUUCCUUUUUUUGAACUCGUCAAUAGGAACUGUGUUGAUUAUCCUCAAGGAAGCAAUCUGAUAUUUGAUCAUCCUUGGAUUUCGAAUGAUAUCUUACAUGCUCUUCUUCUCUUUGAAAGCCAACUUCCUUUUGAGUUCCGUCAAGAAUCGCACACCACUUUUGUCAGACUCGCACCUUACAAACCUUUUUAUCAACUAGCAUUUGACUACUUUACGAUUAAGAGUGUGGGUAGAAUUAGGAAAAUAUUUGAGGGCGCCUCUGUAUGACGGCGCAAGGGAUUUGGUCGAGUUCUUAUGGACGCCUUCAGAUGCUGCGUCCAUAGCACCUUGGGUAUCUUGAGUAGAAAUAACCAAGGUGUUCGCGCAAUAUCUGAGUGCAUCAGAGCUACAUGCAGCCAGAGUUUAGUUCCAGCCAAUAACGGGACAUGGUUUCUUGGGUGUAAGCUAAGAUUUGACAAAGGCAGUGGAGUGUUGAAGAUUUCGCCACUGAAUGUAAAUGAUUCUACGGAAACCUUUUUCCGGAACCUAAUAACAUUUGAGCUAUCUGGAGCAUCUCUCAUGGCCAUGAAGUUUACCAGGUCUGAGUCUGACCCAUAUGGAUGCUAUUUGAAAUGUAUCACCAGCUAUGUUACUAUGUUGAACAACUUGAUAGACACUUGUAAAGAUGUUGAUCUUGUUCAAGGUGGUAUCAUUAAGAAUGAGCUUGGUAGCAGUAAACAAGUUGCAGAACUUUACAGUGAGUUUGUGAUUGACGCAAGGGAAUUCUGAGUCUUUCCAGAGUGCAAGCAACUCAAUGAUUACAGCCUGAAUUGGUGGCGGAAGUGGAGAGGGAAGAUUGUCAAAUUGUUUGCAAUGUUGGGAUGUGAUCAUUUCGGUAAUCCGUGGUCUAUCGUCGCUGUCAUUGCUGCCUCUGUUGCGCUUGGUCUUACAAUAAUACAGACGGUGACUGUGUGUACAGUGCUUCAAGUUCAAGAUGGCUGUAAGAAGCAGCCCCUAACCACGUACCAGAGUAUGUGCCCAAUUUUUUGACGUCUGUAUGAAUGAAUUCUACCACACCUUGAAUGAGAUCCGAUAUCUAUGUCUUAAUAAGGUUCACUUAAAAUCGCACCACACAGGCUAUGAUCAUUUUUCCUAGAACGUAUGAUUCUUUUUUCUUUAGCUUGAGCUUAUCAUUUAAAGUUUUAGCGCAUGUAUGUAUGGUUUGCCUAGUUUUACAAAUAAUACAGGCACUGAACAAUGUGUAUUAAUCUCCUUAUUCUAUUUGAGGCA